UGAUUCGGAUGAUGAUGAUGAUGAUUCGGAUGAUGAUGAUGAUGAUUCGGCUGAUGAUGACGAUUUUGACCAUCAUCAUGAUAAUGAUGACUCUGAUGAUGAUGAUGAAGAUGAUUAUGAUGGUGAUGCUUUGGAUGAUGAUUUUGACUCGGAUGAUGAUGUUGAUGAUCAUCAUGAUGAUGAUGAUGAUGAUGAUGAUGAUGAUUCGGAUGAUGAUGAUUCGGAUGAUGAUGAUGAUGAUGACGAUGAUGUUGACGAUGAUGAUGUUUCGGAUGUUGCCGAUGAUAGUCGAGAUUAUGAUGGGGAUGUUGAUUCGGAAAAUGAGGAUGAUGAUAAUGAUGAUUCGGAUGAUGAUGAUGAUGAUGAUGGUGAUGAUGACGAUGUUUCCGAUUUUGAUAAUGAUAUUGGUGAUGAUGAUGAUGAUGAUGAUUCGGAUGAUGAUGAUGAUGACGAUGAUGAUGAUGAAGAUGAUAACGGUGACGAUGAUCUCGAUUAUAAUUUUCACGAUGAUGCUGAUGAUGAUGAUGGUGACAAAGAGUACGAUGAUGACGAUGAUGAUGAUCGCGAUGGUGAUGAUGAUUCCGAUGACGAUGAUUCGGUUGAUGAUGAUGAUGAUGAUGAUAAUGGUGAUGAUGUUGAUGAUGGUGAUGAAGGUUGGGAUGAAAAUGAUGAUGAUGAUGAUGAUGAUGAUGAUGAUGAUGAUAAUUAUGAUGAUGAUGAUGAUGAUGACACUGAUGAAGUUGAAGAUGUUGAUAAUGGUUCGGAUGAUAAUGAUGAUGAUGAUGAUGAUGAUGCUGAUGAUGAUGAUGAUGAUGAUGAGGAUGAGGAUGAUUACGAUGAUUAUGAUGUUGAUGAUCAUGAUGAUUAUAGUGACCAUGAUGAUGAUGGUUGGAACGAUGAUGAUGAUGAUGAUGAUGAUGAUGAUGAUGAUGAUGAUUCGGAAGAUGCUUCGGAUGAUUCGGAUGAUGAUGAUGAAGGUGAUGAUGUUGAUGCUGAUGAAGCUGAUCAUGAUGAUGAUGAUGACGUUGCCUCGGAAGACGAUGAUGAUGAUGAUGAUGAUGAUGUUGAUGAUGGUGAUGGUGUUUCCGAUUAUGCUGAUGAUGAUAAUGAUUAUGAUUCCGAUGAAAAUGAUG